CCAUACUAACAAACUCUUGUGGCAUUUGCAACAUUGCAGGAGUUGAAAACUAUCAUAAGUUUAUUUCACUCAAAACUUCAUUACAUUAAACAUAGGUUUUGAACAUACCCUGCUUGCAACUUGCAGUACAAAAUGGUUGUCCGACAAUACAAUGAUGAACUUAAAUACUUGGAACGAAUAACUCCACAUUCGUGGAGAAUCAAGAAAGGGUUUCAGCCUAACAUGAACGUUGAAGGAAUCUUCUAUGUGAAUGACACCUUAGAGAAGCUAAUGUUUGAGGAGCUACGUAACUCUUGCCGCCCAGGUCAAGUGGGAGGCUUCUUGCCUGGUAUGAAGCAAAUUGCUAAUGUGGCUGCACUACCAGGGAUAGUUGGAAAAAGUGUUGGACUGCCUGAUGUGCACUCAGGCUAUGGAUUUGCAAUUGGUAACAUGGCUGCCUUUGACAUGGAUGAUCCGAAGUCAGUUGUGUCACCAGGUGGAGUAGGAUUUGAUAUCAAUUGUGGAGUGAGACUCCUUAGAACCAACCUCACUGAGAAGGAUGUUGCACCAGUUAAGGAGCAGAUAGCACAAAAGUUAUUUGACCACAUCCCUGUUGGGGUUGGCAGUAAAGGCAUCAUCCCCAUGACAGCCAAAGACUUGGAAGAAGCUUUAGAGAUGGGCAUGGACUGGUCUCUAAGAGAAGGAUAUGUGUGGGCUGAGGACAAGUUGAUAUGUGNUGGCCUGCCACAGCUUGGCACACUAGGGGCAGGCAACCACUACGCAGAAAUUCAGGUGGUGGAUGAAAUUUUUGAUAAAUGGGCAGCAAGUAAAAUGGGCAUUGAUCAAACUGGACAAGUUUGUGUUAUGAUUCACUCCGGCAGCAGAGGCUUUGGCCACCAAGUUGCCACUGACGCGUUAGUGGCGAUGGAGAAAGCCAUGAAGCGCGACAACAUCGAGACCAAUGACCGACAACUUGCGUGCGCAAGGAUUAACUCUCCUGAGGGACAAGACUACCUCAAAGCGAUGGCUGCUGCCGCCAACUUUGCUUGGGUCAACAGAAGCUCGAUGACGUUCCUCAGUCGCCAGGCGUUCGCUAAACAGUUCCAGAUGAGCCCCGACGAUCUCGACAUGCAUGUCAUAUAUGACGUGUCACAUAACAUCGCUAAGAUCGAGCAGCACUGGGUUGAUAAUAAACUGAAGACGUUAUUGGUGCAUCGCAAAAUAACUAAUGAAGGUACUUCAUCACACGCCUGA